AUGCGAAAUGAGGAUAACCAUCCUCCGGCACCAUUGGCCACAGAUGCACUCAUCCUGCAGGUGCUGAAGCAGCUUCAACAACAACAACUCGUAACUAACGAGCUCCUCCGUAACCAGCAGCAAUCCAACGAGCAGCAGCGCGCGUUCAUCCAGCAACAGGAGAACGUCCUCCGGAACAUCCAAGUGCAGGUUCCGCCGAAUCCCGAAGCGAUUCUCGACUCGUUGGCGUCGAAUGUGAAAGAGUUUCGGUAUGACGCCGAGAACAAUAUCACCUUUUCGACGUGGUUUUCGCGCUACGAGGAGUUGUUUGCCAACGAUGCUGCACGGUUGGAUGAGCAAGCAAAGGUUAGGUUGCUUAUGCGAAAACUCGGCAUCGCAGAGCACGAGCGUUAUUGCAGUUUCAUCCUGCCGAAGACAACGAAAGAUUUCACUUUCGAUGCAACAGUAACCAAGCUGAAAGGGUUAUUUGGAGCAGCGGAAUCUCUGAUCAGCAAACGCUAUCGGUGCCUUCAGACUGCUAAAAGCUUGACCGAGGAUUUUAUAACGUACACCUGCCGAAUCAACAAAACGUGUGUGGAAUUCGAGCUAUUGUCUUCGGAAUGCCAGCGCUUGCUGAACCUGCGGCACGAUACUGCCAUGAUUGAAACAUCGAACAUCGCAGUGAAUGCAAUCAAACAGCGGUUCCACAAACCAACACGAGCAUGGAAAAACACAUCAAGUACGUCGUCAUCGUCGUCCUGUAGUGAAAAAGCGAAGAAAGUGCCACCCAGUCCUUGUUGGAAGUGCGGGUCGAUGCACUACCUCGACUCGGCGUCCGAUAUCACCGUAAUAUCCAGCGGAACCUGGAAACAACUCGGUGAGCCACCAACAAGAUAUCCGUCAGUGAAUGCCAAGACAGCAUCGGGUGAUUCUCUGCAGCUGCUAUCAGAGUUUGAAUGCUCGAUCACCAUCGAUGAGGUAACGCAAGUGAGUACAAUCUACGUCGUUGAGCAGGACCUGCAUAUCCUGGGGCUAGAUUUGGUGGAGAAAUUCCAGCUUGAUGCCGUUCCGAUGAAUGUUUACUGCCGCCAGGUGAACAAUUCUACCCCCAUAGUCGAGCGGCUCAAGGCCGCUUACCCGCAAGUUUUCAGCAUCAGUCUAGGACGGUGCACCAAAACAACUGUGAAGCUAGACCUCAAACCAGGACAACGACCAGUGAUUUGCCCCAAACGCUCCGUGGUAUACGCCAUGUAUCAAGCCAUAGAUGAGGAUCUGGAUCGUCUGGAGCGUUUAAAGAUCAUUACUCCUAUUGACUAUUCCGAUUGGGCCGCUCUGAUUUCCGAUUGUGGUCGUUUGAACGACGCCCUCCAGCCACAUCAAUAUCCAUUGCCACUCCCACAAGACAUUUUCGUCAAGCUCUCCAACUGUACGGUGUUUAGCAUAAUCGACAUGUCAGAGUCUUACCUCCAGGUUGAUGUCGAUGAUUCAACGAGUACGCUCCUCACUAUCAACACCCACCGGGGUCUCUAUAAGGUAAACCGCCUAGCACCCGGGGUCAAAGCUGCACCAGGGGCAUUCCAACAACUCGUUGACACCAUGCUAGCUGGGCUCAAACAGACUUGCGGUUAUAUCGAUGACGUGAUCGUCGGAGGCGAAAACGAGGAAGAGCAUUGGCAUAACUUAAACGCGCUUUUUCAACGCCUGCAAGAAUUUGGAUUUACUGUCCGUUUGGAGAAGUGCUCGUUUGGACGCAAGCAGAUCAAGUACCUCGCACACAUGCUCGAUCAACAUGGUAUUCGCCCUGAUCCGGCGAAGGUAGAGGCCAUCAAACUAAUGCCAGCACCCACAAAUGUGUCGGAAGUUCGGUCGUUUCUCGGAGCCGUAAACUAUUACGGAAAAUUUGUACCGAAUAUGCGUGCCCUUCGUAGCCCAAUGGAUGAUCUACUGAAAACAGGAGCGAAAUUUGUGUGGACGUCUCAGUGUCAGCGAGCCUUCGACGAAUUCAAGACUAUUUUAUCAUCCGAUUUGCUUUUGACCCAUUACAAUCCAAAACUGGACAUAAUAGUUUCGGCUGAUGCAUCGUCAGUCGGACUGGGAGCGACAAUUAGUCAUUGCCUCCCUGAUGGAUCUAUUACAGUAGUCCAGCAAGCCUAA